AUGGGAAGUUUUCAUCGGACAUGUGAAUCACUUCAGAUGCUUUUUAAUGAGAGAAAAUCCGCUGCGGAAAAUGCUUAUCGUCUGUGUAAAAACUAUACAUUGAUUGAUUAUGCAUCCAAUAUCGUAUUUUUAUCGCCAUUUGUUCGUGCGUAUUACAUACCUGAGCAAUUUAACGUAAAUGGCCAUUUGGAUCUUUUUAUCGAGAUGAAAAUGAAACAACCUCGUCUAUUCUGUUUAGUAGGAGAAUAUAUUUGCAAAGGUGUUCGUGCUAUUCAGAAUGGUUCGAUAUGUAUUGAAUAUGAUGAUAUAUUUGAGAAAAGUUAUCCAUUUCCUCCGUAUGAAUAUUUCUUUUGUCGAUUGGAAAAUAGUUCGGAUGAUUAUUGUACGAAUACUAGUUUUUACUAUCGUUGUCGGACAACAGGUGAAUGUAUUUCUAAACAUCGUUUAUUCGAUGGAUUUGUCGAUAGUUUGGAUUCUUCUGAUGAAGAAGAUCUAGAAGCAUUGAAUUCACUCGAUCGAAUAUUUAUGAAAGAUCGAUAUAAUUGUACUAUUGAUGGUCGUCAAGCUAAAGCGGUAAUGCGUCAUUUUCUUGGUAUGUUUUGA